AUGGAACCGUUGGAGAUGCCGGCCUUUUAUUGUGUGUGGGUUGAGCUUCUCCCCCCCCCCCCACAUGUGUUCUAAAGGGUGAUCUAAUGCAUCGCUCGUAAAGUUACCUGCUCCGUUCAACGGUACGCCCCACGUAUUUCUAUAUAGGCUCAACACCAGAUCCCCGACGUCGCCUCGCGCAACAUAAUGGUGAGACGAAGGGUGGAGCGGAAAGGACUAGUAGAGCCGACUUGAGGCCUUGGGAAAUGACCUGUAUAGUGUCUGGGUUUACAUCUGCUGUGGCAGCUCUUCAAUUUGAGUAA